AUGAUUAUUACUGGGAGUGACUUACAAGGUAUUACUGAACUCAAAUCAUAUCUCAAUGAUUGUUUUAAAAUGAAAGAUCCUGGAUCUUUAAGCUACUUUCUUGGCAUUGAAGUUGGCAUGUCACCCACUGGUUAUUGCAUAUCACAAGUCAUAUAUGCAUCUGAGAUUCUACAGCGCGCAGGGCUGUCUGACAAUAAGGUAACUGACACACCUCUUGAAUUGAAUGUAAAGUACAGUCCUACAGAUGGGACUCUUUUGUCCAAUCCAACACUGUAUCGUCAACUAGUAGGGAGUCUAAAUUACUUAACCAUUACGAGACCAGACAUAAGUCAUGCAGUUCAUAUAGUCAGUCAGUUUAUGUCUGCUCCAAGGUCUACUCAUUAUGCAGCUGUUCUCAGAAUUCUAAGAUAUAUCAAGGGGUCUCUUCAUCAAGGUUUGUGCUUCUCAUCAAAGUCUGAUCUCACUCUUCAAGCUUACUCAGAUUCCGAUUGGGCAGGAGAUAUUACAGAUAGAAAAUCUAUUACAGGCUACUGUGUGUUCUUGGGAGACUCGUUGAUUUCAUGGAGAAGUAAGAAACAAAGUGUGGUUUCUCGUUCUAGUGCUGAAGCAGAGUAUAGAGCUCUUGCUCACACCACAUCUGAACUCAUUUGGUUACGGUGGCUUCUUCGUGAUAUGGGAGUUAUAAUAUCUGCUCCUAUACCACUAUAUUGUGAUAACAAGGCUGCUAUUCAAAUUACACACAAUGAUGUCUUUCAUGAGCGUACAAAACAUAUCGAGAUAGAUUGUCAUUUUACUCGUCAUCAUUUCAAGAAAGGUACAAUCACUCUUUCGCACGUCAAAUCAGAAUUUCAAGUGGUUGAUCUUUUCACCAAGACUCAUUGUGCAGCUCGUCUUCGAUUCUUAAUUUCCAGACUCAAGAUGUGUAAUCCACCACCUUGA